UAUUUUUGCGCGUUCCCGUCAACAAAAACCAAGAACAAGUACAAGCGCGAUCCCGCGGUAGCACGGCGCAAAACAGAACCGUUUUAGAAAUCAGAAAUUCCCCUGGGAAUAAAUUUGUGUUCGCACACAUUCGUGGACGACGCACCGACAGAACGACGCAUGGAAAACACGUUCACGAGCUCACGCUGCCAUACUUGUUGGUAGAAACGGAUUCCGGCUGACAUUUCUUUUUUUUUCUGUCAGGAAGUUUGACGUACGUGGCUGCAGAUUGUUUUAGGCAUUGUUUUGGUCUGUGAAAGUUUUUCAGCGUCAUUGGCUGCAGAUCUCGUGUCUUUGGAAUACACUGUCGAUUUUUUUAAGUAAUACUUAAAUCGUGCAUACUCGCGAAUGCACCACGAUCCGUCUUCAGUUUUUUUUUUAACAGCUUGUAUUUCCAGAAGAUGACGGGGUUUGAUAAACACGAACGUGUGAUUAGACAUGUCUUUUUAACUUAGUUUUUAAUUUUGCUUAUGUUGUAACUGGUCUGUAGAUGAGACAAUGCGACUCAGUCAUAAAAGUAAACAUUCUUCUUCGGUGAAGCGUUGUAGAACCAGAUCUGGCAGCAUACCGAGAGGAAAAACUGCAAAGUUAGCAGGAAGAGAGGCCAUCAAAAUCACGGAAACUGUCCACUCUUUGUCCCUCUGACGGACCUGCUCCUCAUGAAUGGAUGUCAUACUUGUGAAAAGGAUGAUUGUACGCUUUUUUUUCUGUUAAGUGUCACUUUUGGAAGACAUAUUCUGGAAAUGUAAACUUCCCAUUUCCCCCAUCCCAAGAGUCGCUGCACUUUUUUGCAGACUCUGGAACAGUUUGAUGGUGGGUUUUCCCAUUGGAUCAUUUUCGAUUUAUAUCUAAAACUUGGAAACUUAUUUUAUGUCUGCGCCAAGUCUGUACUGAAGAGGAGGAGCCCCCGUUACCUGGGGGGUCAGCCCCGCCAUGGACCUCACGCUCUCCCUCACUCACACACCAACACUCAGGUGUUUCACCGUGACAGAGGACACUGAUGGACGUGGACUACUGCGUCAUCUUUGCUGAGACAUCGCUGUAAUUGGACACGUCUGGGCAAGCCUCGUCCUGUCCCCACAGUCAGACUGUAAAGGCUGUGACUCAACAAAGAGGAGUUUCCGAAGAGCGGCUUGUGCAGCACGGCCUCAGACGUUGCCACGAUGAAUGAGAGGCAGGCUCUCCACUCAAUAAUGAAGGACCUGGUUGCCCUCCAGAUGACACGGCGCCAGCCCGUGCUGUCGUACGACAACAGUAAACCAAAAACCCUGACUCAAACCAACAGACAGGACGAUGUCAGGGUUAAGUUUGAGUUCACGGGAGAAAGAAGGAUCCUGAUGUUUGGACGACCUGUGCAGUUUGAGGAAAUUCAGCAGAAGGUCAAGAGUGUUUUCGGGCAGCAGUUGGACCUGCAUUAUAUGAACAAUGAGCUGUCCAUCCCUCUGCGGAGUCAGGACGACCUGGACAAGGCCAUCGAUCUCCUGGACCGAAGCUCCAACAUGAAGAGUGUCAAGAUCCUUCUCCUUGCACCAGAGCACAGCAAUGUCUCCUCCCCCUCCCAUGUGACCUGUAAACAGGUGAGGAUCAAGUCUUCACAGUCAGCUGGAGACAUAAGCUCAGUUUUCCAGUCCACGGAGCCCAGAGGGCGCCACCUAUCAACCGGUUCUCAGAACACGGGGCGUAGCUCACCACCUCCUGGAUAUGUGCCUGAGCGCCAGCAAAGGAUCGCCCGCCAAGGUUCCUACACCAGCAUCAACAGUGAGGGGGAGUUCAUCCCUGAGACCAGUGAUCAGUGUGUGCUGGAUCCAUGGAAUAGUGCAGAGAACUCUGUCUCUGGGAGCUGUCAGUCUCUGGACAGCAACUCAGACAGCCCCUCACUGAGGAAGUCUCGCAUGUACAGGGCCAAGAGUUACCCUGAUAAUCGUCAGGACUGCUCAGAUAGGGAGAAUCACGUCCACGACAGGGUGGCAGGAAAAGGUGGCACCUAUCCUCGAAGGUACCACGUCUCCCUGCAUCACAAGGACCACAGUGAAGGUCGGCGAACAUUCCCACGGAUCCGGCGGCCACAGGGAAACCUCUUCACUCUUGUGCCUUCACGCCGGUCACUCAAUGGCAGCGAGGAGAGUCUGGGCAGCUGGCAGCUGGUGGACGCUCAGGGCAGGCUACGGCCGCAGGAGCGUUCUGUCGCCCAUAAGUCACCCACUGCUCCAGUAACAUGGCGGCGCGGCAAGCUGCUGGGUCAGGGGGCGUUUGGACAGGUUUACUUGUGUUAUGAUGUGGACACUGGGAGAGAGUUGGCUGCCAAACAGGUCCAGUUUGAUCCUGGCAGUCCUGAGACCAGCAAGGAGGUCAGUGCUCUGGAAUGUGAGAUCCAAUUGCUGAAGAAUCUGCACCACGAGCGCAUUGUUCAGUAUUACGGCUGCCUGAGAGAUCACAGUGAAAAGACGCUCACUAUUUUUAUGGAGUACAUGCCGGGGGGUUCAGUCAAAGACCAGUUAAAGGCCUACGGGGCCCUGACGGAAAAUGUGACCCGGAAGUACACCCGCCAGAUCCUGGAGGGCGUGUCCUACCUGCACAGCAACAUGAUCGUACACAGAGACAUCAAAGGUGCCAACAUCCUGCGGGAUUCAGCGGGCAAUGUGAAGCUUGGAGAUUUUGGUGCCAGUAAGAGGCUGCAGACCAUCUGUAUGUCCGGCACCGGCAUCCGCUCCGUGACCGGCACCCCCUACUGGAUGAGUCCGGAGGUGAUCAGUGGAGAAGGCUACGGCAGAAAGGCUGACGUCUGGAGCCUUGGUUGCACAGUGGUGGAGAUGCUGACAGAAAAACCUCCAUGGGCUGAAUACGAAGCCAUGGCGGCCAUAUUCAAGAUCGCUACCCAGCCCACCAACCCUGUGCUGCCCUCUCAGACCUCUGACCAGGCGCGGGACUUUAUCCGCUGCAUCUUUGUGGAGGCCAAACACAGACCCAGUGCUGAGGAGCUGCUUCGACAUUCUUUCUCCCAGAUCCUGUGCUGAAACACUCACAGCAUCAGAACCUGAACCACGGUAACGACUUAGUGAUACCUGGAACCCACGUGGUCUGCUGAGCACCUGCCACGAUACACAGGCUCAUAAGAAGAGUCAGAGUUUUUCUGAAGUGAAGAUGGCUUGACCGCUUCUGUUAGCACAAAGCUAUUACACCCAGUGUAAGUACAUGCAAUUAUGAAAGUGACCACAAGGUGGCGACGGUGGUGUGUUGAUCGUUCUCAGACGUACAGUAACUUUUCAGUGUUAAUACGGUCUCCACAGUGUGAGUUGACACAGGCAGGAGAUUUUAAGGUUUUUUAUCUCAACACGAGCCUGUCACAGACGGUGUUUGCCCCACUUUGAGAUUUUAUUCCGUUAAUCAUACUUAAGCUAUUUUCUAGUGUUUUUAUUUCUGUAAGUGAUCUGUGGUUUAACCAGUAAGAGGAAUGUAUACAUCGUAGAAGUGCAAUCAGCAAAAAAGGAGCAGUUUCACCAGAAGACAGAAAGAUUCUUCUUGUUUGACUUUUAAAUUGAACUUUUACUCUAGUGUUCAUCACCAACUGUUUCAGGUUCCUUCUUCCUUAAUGUGCCUUCUACAACCACAUACCAAAAGUCUCGACUCAGACAGGUGGUAAAAUACAGGGGGUCCUCCACUUACAUAACAUCAUAAUGUAGGACAUAAAAACAUAAGAAGAGUCUGACUCACACCUGGGAGCCAUAAUGAAGGGCAGAAAUUUCCCCAAAAAAACAGCACAAAUGAAAGACAGGAAGUGUAGCAUAAUCCAAUGUAUGGUGUAAUACUAGCGAAUGUCUCAGAUCCUCUCAAUCAACAAAGUGCCAAGAAUAGAGCAGAAGAAGAAGAAACAAACCAAAGAGCCAUGGAUUUAGGGUUUUUUUUUGUUUUUUUUUUGCCUUCAGAUCACGUACUUUAAACGUCUGAUUAAAUAUCCUUAACUUAAGGAUCAACUUUAAAUCAAAUGUAUUUUUUCAUUGUCAAAUGUUUGGGGAUUUUAUUUUUGCAACCAAAUUAGAUUCUUUUGAAAGACCUAAAAUGUGAAAAUUAGUUUAACUUUAUUUAUAUCCCCGUUCCCAUUCCAAUUAGAUUUUUUAAAGCAAGAAUAAAUGUAUGUAUAAAUCUAUUUUUUAUAUAUUAGACUGUGUCAGAUCUGGUGAUACUGUACAGACGCCGUGUUGACUAAAGUAAAUCAUAGAAAGCAGCUGGUUUUGCAGACAUCACAGAAAUUGAGUUUAUAAAUGAAAAAUGGAUGGAAAACGAACUCUGACAGUGUGGUUCAAGUUCCUGGAAAUAGGAAAAAAAAAAAAAAACUUUCCACACAUUCUUAGCUAUACAUUCAGGUGACAUUACCUGGAAACAUUACAUCAUUCUGCCUUCUUUUUUCCCUGAGCUCUCAUGAAAGAAGCUUUUAGGAGACUGGUAUCCCACCAGAGUCUACUGGGAAUGUUUAUGGAUGAAUCUCCAUGAUUAAUUAGGAUGGUGUGGAGGGAGGGGGGCUGCGUUGGGAGGGGGUAUUUGAACUACCGCUGGACGUCAGAGUUCGCUGUUCAACCAAUAAUGACGACUUUGUUUAUCCCAGGGUUCGGAAAGAAGCUUUAUCUUUCAGAGUUUUUGCCUCCUCAACACUGAGAUGGUAGUCUGCAUCAGGUUGCUAACAGCGCUAAAGCUAGCUAAUGUGGAGUGUGUGUUCAGAGAGGAAGAAAGAGCCCUGGGACAAUCAAAUGAAAGCAGAUAGUUGUUAGACAUCCAUAUGUAUGUUAUUGUAUGAUCAUGUAUCACGACAGGACUUGCAGUGCAAAGUCUAAUACAUCAGAUUAGCUCUACAGCAGGAAGAGAGGAAUACGUUUGAUGACGUAUGCAGGUGUCAUGGCCGCUCUGAAAUAAAUAAAUUGUUUUUUAAAA